UUAACAAAGGCCUCCGUCCCACUUGCAAUAUUUUUGUUUGGGGCGGGAUUAGUCACUAUAAAUUGACUCAACUCGGCUGCACUAUGCCAACCGCAUAAUCCGCAUCUGCCGUAAACCAGAAGCAAAUUGCAAGUGCCCAGCUGCAGAUCGGGAAACAGAAGCCCAGCGAAAAGCACAAAGAGAUUUUAGAGACCCCAUACGUAUGCCCAUUCACGCCGUUAUGGCCAAGCGCCUGCUGCCCCACCAACCGUCCUUCGAGGGGGAGCCUCCCGGUCCGGAUGAGCUGGACAGUCCAGCCAUUGAGGCAGCGGCCCUCGACAUUCCCCCGCCAGAAUCUGAUAAGGCGCUCCAAAAGGAUGUCUGGGCGCGACCCACAACAAAUGCCGAGUACAAGCCGCCCACCGAUGGGAGCACCGUGCUGCGUUUCGACAUUCUACUGGCGCACAUAAUGCCUCCCGAUGGCGAGGAUGUGAAGAUUAAACGGUUUGUGGUCUAUGAGCUCACAGUGAGUCAGGAUGGGGCCACGGAGGACACUCAACCGGCGAAAAUCGAACGCCGCUACACGGACUUUCGGGAGCUUUAUCUGGGAUUAAAGCGAACAGAGCCCGUGGAGAUGGCCAACAAAUACUUUCCGGCCAAGGUGUUGAUGGGUAACUUUAAAUCAGAGCUAAUUGGUGAAAGAAGUGCAGCCUUUGAGGCAUUUCUCACAUAUGUGGCGAGUCAGACGAAGCUCCGGGAAUCGGAGGACUUUCUGCGCUUCCUGCAGCACGAUGAACUGUCCAGGGCGUGCCAGUUUUUGGAUGAGCGACGCAACGAGAUCGCCAUACCCAUUCUGGAGAACUGUUUCAGGUUGCUGAACAAGAUUUACAUGAAUCGUUCGCGACCGGUCCUCUUGAUACUCUGUCGGCUGGUGGCAGCCUGCACCUCCUCCCCAGUGCCUCAUCACGCAGCCGAAAGGUGGGCUCUGCUGGCACUGAGUCGCUUUGAGACGCUGUGCGACAUUGAUCUGCUGCCGCUCUACAUUCCCCUGCUCCACACCUGCGCCCACCUGUGGUGGCAGCGCGGCCAGGACCAAAAGCCAAUCACCGACCGACUGACCGAUAUGUCCAAGCAGGGCAUCAACACUGCGAACACCGAGAGUCUCAUGCAGGCUAUUCACAAGAUCGAUCCACGCACCGAAACCAUUUGAUUUGGAAUCUUCACCAGAUAUAUCAUCCGUUAGUUGAGCAUUUUGUUCUGUAGUUCUUAGACGUCAAGCGUAAAGUGCAAUUAGAGAUCGUGUGCAAUUAGUUUUAAGGUGAAAGGAGUAUUUAUCAACCUUUAUGGUAACAGCGAUGUUUACCAACGCUAUUUUCUAAAAUAGUUCAUUUAAAAAGUUUACAAAGCAGUCUAAAAACUGUAUCAUUUUAUGAUCCGAAAAUCCUUUAAAUUUAACCAACAUUUUUUUAAACCAAAAAACUUGAUUUUGUUAGACAUUUCAAAACUGUGAUUUUCAAAUUAAAAUGUUCAAUAUUUUAUUUGUUUAACGUAAAUGUAUCUCCAAUAAAUUAACAUUCAAUUUCCUUCGACCUAUGCAGCUAAUAUUAAUAUUGCGAAAAAUAUGUUAACCGAUACUAGAAAAUCAGUAAUGACCUACUUUUGUAACUUAAUAGUAAGUCUAAGCGUGUUAAUGUUUCAUAUUACGUAUUGUUUGAUAUUGUGCAAGCGUUUCUGUAAUUUGUACCCAGUGGGAGUUGUGAUUAAUCUAUGCGCUAUUUCCCCGACAAACUGAAUCACAAAUGUAUUAUCGAGAGUCCAUUACGCACAGACUGCGAAUCCAAGCCUAGAACUCCAUAUCAGCCUGAAAAAACAUCAGACUAAUCGAUCACAGCUCCCAUAUUUAUUUAUUCUUGCAACUCAACGCCUUGUGAUUGGAUUUUUUUUCAAUGAAUAAAUAUUAUACUCAAAUGAUUUCCAGAA